AUGAUGGACGACAGGGACGUUUUUCAGAUUAACCAGCCACUAUCCUAUCAAGUUGGUCAUGCUCAUCCUCGCAAGCCAGUCAUAAUCGGUCUCUAUGGCCUCCCUGGAUCUGGGAAGACCUUUUGGUUAGAGGAGCUUAAGACCGUCAUCAGAGGCGACGAAUUUGCCUUCUAUGAUGGCAGCGGUGCGAUUUCAGCAGUUACUCCAGGGGGUCUUGAAGGAUUUCAAAAUUUGACGAAAGAGGCCAAAACCGAGUACCGCCAGCAGGCUAUAGCCAGAAUCAAGCGGGAAUGUUGCCACACAAGAAAGACUGCUAUCGUGGGUGGACAUUUUAUGUUCUGGCCAGAGGAAGACGAGAAAGGUGACUCGGUUUGUACACCGGCGGAUCUCGCAACAUACACCCACAUCCUGUACCUGGAUCCCCCUGCCGAGCUCAUCGCGGAGUACCGUUUGAAUGACGCCAAACGGAUCCGUCCAACUGCAUCAACCUCCCAUCUGGCCAAGUGGAAACAGACCGAGAAAAAUGAACUUCGUGAUAUUUGCAGACAUCAUGACAUUCUUUUUGCACCAAUUUAUCCAACUCUAGAAUCCGUGAGCUCCCUCAUUUGUGAUUUUCAUCACCACACAGAUACAUAUAACAUGGAUCUCGCCAAACAAAAGAUGGACGAGAUACUUGGUGAGUACUCUGCGCUAGAAACUGUCAUCGUCAUGGAUGCAGACAAAACCCUGUCCCAGGAAGAUAGCGGAGUACUAUUCUGGAGGAAACAAGUCGGCGCUGCGUCGACUGCGGGAAAGGAUAACGGGCCUUUGAAAUCUUUGUUCGGCGGCCCCCUCGGAUAUUCCUAUACUUCUUUUCGGCAGGCUACACUGCUGUGUGAAGAGGCUGCUAGUGACGAGGAAUUCGAGGCUUGCUGUCAGGAUGUAUCAUCAAUGGUAGAUAUGCAUCUUGAUAUUGUUAGCGUUUUACAAUUGGUUCGCGAAACAAGACAUGUGCGCGCAGUUGUGGUAACUUGUGGGAUCCGGUCUGUUUGGGAGAAGGUCCUUGAGAGAGAAGGCCUCUCGGAGACAGUCAAAGUGAUUGGCGGCGGAAGAGUGGCUGACGGUCUUGUUAUCACACCCUCUGUCAAAGCUGAAUUGAUCAAUUACUUGCAGACCACUCGACAUCUUCAUGUUAUCGCUUUCGGUGAUAGUCCUUUGGAUUUAGCAAUGCUGCAAGCCGCAGACCAGGCUGUCGUCGUCACCGGCGAAGAAUCGACCCGAAGCAAGAGUAUGGAGAAGCAACUGGCAGAGGUCAUUGGGAAGAACGGGUUCCAGCCGUGCCAGGUACUUCUGCCUUUACAUGCAAAACCACGACUGGACACUACUCGGCUUCCCCUGGUUCGAUUGACGGAUCAACAAUUUAUCAAUCCAGUUAUGGCCAGACAUGAAAGUCAAAGUCUUCGUGUUCUUCAUGCUACAGAACGUUCCUCAGCCAAAUUACUGAUGACACCAAUGCGCGAUGCAUCCGUUUCCGGCCCUGCAUUACGAGAAGCUCAUCGGCGAGUGGGUUGCUAUUUGGGCACAGAACUCUGCACCCGAAUCAUAGGACUCGAAUCAUAUCCCACUCAGCACGUGCAAGGACACAAGACUGACAGUUAUCGACUGCUAGAUGAGAAAAAAACAUUGAUUGUGCCGCUGAUGCGUGGCGGUGAACCGAUGGCCUUCGGGGUCAACGACGCUUUUCCACUCGCAAUGUUCCACCACGCAAGGCUUCCCACUGAUCUUCAGCAUAACCACUUGAAGGAUAUGGUCACAAUCAUAUUGGUCGACUCAGUUGUCAACAGUGGCAAAUCGGUCUUGGCGUUCGUCCACCAUAUCCGAAGUCUCCAUGGGACGAUUCGCAUUGUAGUCGUUGCUGGAGUGAUUCACUCCCAAACUGUAUCUACCAGCAAGACUGCCCGAGAAUUUGGCCGAGUUAGGGAACUGUCUUUUGUCGCCCUUCGUCUCUCGGACAACCAAUUCACCGGUAGAGGGACUACCGAUACCGGUAAUAGAUUGUUCAACACAGUGCAUUUGCCCUGA